UCGACGUUGACAAUUAGGACGUCAAUCAAUUUUGUUUUUCUUCAUACAUGUUUUCCUUUGCCCUACAAAAAAACGUUUUUCCGUAAAUUUCCCGAAAAUGUCGAAACAAAAUCGCAAACGAAAAAUCAGCCCAACUCCAGAAGACGCCGAACUAAUCCCUACCAAAGAAAAAACCCGCCCCAACGACGAUCCUGAACUGGGCCAGCUGUCUCGAAUGCUGUUUGGUGACUCCAAAGCCUUUUUGCGUAGCCUCGAAGAAGCUGAACACGAAACUGCGGGGCCUUCCGGCGAAGCUGAGUUCAGCUUCAGCAAUCACCCAGACUCGGGUAUCGAUGGUGGUUCUUCAGAGGACAGCGACGAAAUUGACCACAGAAAACCUGCAUGGUCAGAUGAAGAGGAUGAAGGAAUUGAAGUUGGCGAAGCCCUUGACGCCCAAAAUCGUAAAUUACCUUCAGGAGGUUUACAUGAUCGCAAAAAUAAAUACUCUACCUUAGUAAAACACAAAUUUAUGUCAAUAGUUGGCACUCCUAAAUGGGCCAAACUUAGAAAACAUGCUGACAAUGAGGAAAUAUUAAAAACAGCAGGAUUCAUUAACAAAACAGCCAAACAAACUUCACUACCAGCAACUUCUUUGGAGUUCAAAAAAGUCAAAGAUUUAAAUUCAGAAACCUAUACAGAAGGGCCUUUUAUAAACUCAAUAGAAUUCCAUCCAACUUCAAGCGUAGGAUUGGUUGCAGGCUCUAAAGGCAUUGCCACACUAUUUGCAGUAGAUGGCAAAAAAAACAACAAACUGCACAGUGUUGCUUUUGAAAAAUUUCCAAUUUUGUGCGCAAAAUUUUCUAGAAAUGGAGACGAGGCUUUACUAGGCUCAAGACAAGGCCACAUUUUCAGUUACGACUUGAUUGCAGCCAAAGCCAUGCGCUACAACUUGCCCCCAGGCAUGACCCAAUGUAAAAACUUCACAGUUUCACCUGAUUCACAAUUUUUUGCUGUAGCAGGCAAAUGGGGUGAAGUCCACAUCCUUUCUACUAUUUCAAAGGAAAAAAUUGCAACUUUAAAACAAGACAAUGACGUCAGAGCUUUAGAAUACAAUUCAAAUGGGAAUUUAUUGUUUGGGCAUUCGGAUACAGGUGAAGUUACUAUUUGGGAUAUCAACAUGAGACGAGUGAGGCAUAAGUUUAUUGAUGAAGGAUGUUUGCAAGGGUCUACUUUAUCAGCUUCGAUGUCAAACCAGUUUUUGGCUUGUGGUUCAGCUCAAGGCAUUGUAAAUCUUUAUGGAAUGGAUGAUGUUUUGAAAAGCAAAGUACCCAAACCAAGAAAAACUAUUAUGAAUUUAAAAACUGCUGUUACAAGCUUGAAGUUUAAUUCCAGUAGUGAGAUGCUUGCUUUGGCAGCUACUGAUAUUAAAAAUUCUGUUAAGCUGUUUCAUUUGGCUAGUGGUACAGUUUUUAGCAAUUUUCCACCCUUUGAGAGUAAACUGGGGCAAGUGAAUUGUCUUAAUUUUACCCCGGGGAGUGGGUAUUUAGCUUUAGGUAAUCGAAAGUCUGUUGUGUCGUUGUUUAGGCUUAAGUAUUUUAAAAAUUAUUAGAUUUUAAGUACAAUUUGUUAAAGUUCAUCAAUGAAAUUAAAUGUCUGAAGUGCACUGUAGGAAGAGUAAACUUCUUUUUGUAAUAGUAGGGAAUUUAAUGUUAAAAAAUAAAUUGUGUAUAAAUUAUUCUGUUUUAUUUUAACAAUAUUUUCUUACAUUUGAAAUCG